AUGUCACAAUGGGGUGGUUCCAACCAGAAUACCUUGCAAAAGAACCCUCCGUCCGCCGGACCGUCUCCGGGCCCCGCGUCCCCCGCUCCGCCUUCACCCUCGACGAAGCAACCCGUCAGCUCAGCCAACUUUGCACAGUCGGCCACCGCUCUCGACUCGUAUAACAGCGAGCGCCCUCCCUCCCGCGCGACCCAACGCGAGCGCAGCGACUCGCGAACCUCGGUCCGUCCCAUGUCUAUGAUCCAGACAUACCAGCCGCCCGUCAUGGAAGUAAGCCAGGACACGCUGCCCGAGCUGCAGCGCAUCUUCACCUUCCUGAACAGCCACUCGAACAAGCUGUACCAAGAGGGCUACUUCCUCAAGUUCCACGACACCGACACGCGUGGCCGUCCCGCGCCAGAUCGGAGAUGGCAGGAGUACUUCGUCCAGCUCGUGGGCACCAUCCUCUCCCUCUGGGAUGCGAGCGCGUUAGACCAGGCUGGGGGUGACGCCGAGGUGUUGCCCACGUUCAUCAACCUGACGGACGCUGCGAUCCACAUGAUCCCCUCCAUGACCCUCAAAGACGGAAAGAAGCUCGACAACAUCCUCAGCGUGUCCACGGCCGCGAGCAACAAAUACCUCUUCCACUUCGAUUCCUACCACGCGCUUACGCAAUGGACCGCCGGCAUCCGCCUCGCCAUGUUCGAACACACGACCCUGUCAGAAGCGUACACGGGUGCGUUGAUCGCUGGCAAGGGCAAGACGCUGAACAACAUCCGCAUGAUAUUGGACCGACAGUGCGCAAAGUACGAGGACUGGGUGCGCGUUCGGUUUGGCGCGGGCACUCCGUGGCGCCGCUGCUGGUGUGUCGUCUCUCCGCCAGAUGAGAAGGAAUACCUCAAGAUGCAGAAGCUGCAGAAGAAGGGCAACGCUUACGAGCGACCGCCGAUACUCAAAGGCGACAUCAAGUUCUACGAUACCAAGAAGGUCACCAAGAAAACCAAGGCCAUCGCCACGGUCAAGGACGCCUACUCAUGCUACGCCAUCUACCCGCAGUCGAAGCCGCUCAUCGACCAGUCUACAUUGGUGAAGAUCGAGGGCAAGAUCACAAUUCACUCGACGCCAGAGAGCACAACAGAAGGAUUCGUCUUUGUUAUGCCCGAGUCGCGUCCCGCUAUCUCAGGAUUUGAGAUUAUGCUCCAGUACCUUUUCCCCGUGUUCGAUACAUUCUCACUAUACGGACGCCCAAAGAAGUUGAUUGCAGACGUUCUAGACACCCGCGGUUUGAUGUUCGCUAUGCCCUCCGACAGGCGCUACGGAUACUUGGAGAUGUGGGACGUGGUGGGCUUGAUCAACACUGAGGGCAGCGACAAGUGGUCAGAGCGCCAUUGGAGGAAGCAAUUGAAGGACCUCACAUCCACAAGGAUGGUGACUGCGAACCAGGACGCAGAAUCCAUCUACAGUCGCGCCAGCCGCAGGAAUACCGUCAGCCGGGCAGGCUUCACACCUCGUAACCUGCGAUUUGAAGACCAAGGCUCCAUUCGCUCCAGCCCGUCCACACGCGCGUCAUCUCCUACACGCAAGUUCCCAGACUUUGAAGUGCAAGCGCCGCGUCGUGUUGGAACAGCUCCCGCUGCAAACCCAUUCGGUACUCCACGCCAUCAGCGAUCUGUGUCAGAGCAAGUCAACGGACGCAACGAGAACACUCCAUCUAGAUUCACUCGAGAUGAGACACCAUACGAAGACGAGCGUCCGCCGACGCCUCCCCAGCAUCGUAUACUCAACGGUUCGUCGAAUGGGGCAGUUCAGCCUUAUGAUUCGUCUGCGUCAGAUUACGACGAGAGCCCCAUCAAGGAGCCACAGAACCUACCACCGCCGCCUGCAGAUCUGUCUGCUCCACCGCAAGGUUAUGUCGACCUUCCUCCUACCCAGGAGCACGCUGCCAAUCAAAAGCCACCCAUUCGUCCCAAUAUGCCCAUGGCAAAACCAAACCCUGCAGUCGACUCUGCCACGCUUCAGCAAAUGGCUGACGCUUCACAUGGAUCCUUUCCAGGGGGCGUAGCUGCCGCUGGCGCAGUCGGGGCUUGGAGAAAUCAGGACACCAUACAGAGCAGACGCAGUGGUGACUACAACGCGUACGGUGAUCAGGGGCAAUCGAUGUAUCUUGGUGUCAACUCAAGGCCGCCUCCAACGAACCAAAACUCUGGGAACCGCCUGUCUACCAUUCCCGCAUCACCAUACGUCGAGCAUUCCGAGUUCGUCGACUCUCCCACAGGCUACCAGCCGACAGCUCCAUCGGUUCCAGAACAUAGUGAGUUGCCGCCACAGCCCCCCAGUCACGAGCUCCCUUAUCGUCCGCACCCCGAAAGCGGCGGCAUACCCCGUAAACCAGUACCAGGUCGGUCUCCCCUAGCCUCGCAAGAGGAUGACACCCUUUCGACCAGUAGCUCAAGACUCGACAGUUUACGAGAGGACGUAAUCGACCCUGAAGCUCUCGACGCUUUCAACAUCACACAGCCCACUCUGAACCGUCAGCCAAGCGGAUCAAGUAGUUUCUACGACGAUGAUGCCAUAUCGACUUCCACGCCAGACUAUGCCAGCAUCGCUGAAGAGGAACCUGCGCCUCCUCCACGAAGAGUGCCUGAACGACGCGCCGACCGACCAAGAAGCGGCGUUUUGACCAUGAUUGGAGACCCAAACGUAAAGCUUCCCUCAGAUGAAGAUCCACAUGGCUACAAGUCUGUUCUGGACCCAGCACAGGCGCCUGCAGCUGUUCCUAGUAUUGACUUUGGCCCGACGUACGCGUUGGACUUUGACGGCAAGCGUCCGGGCACUAGUGGGACCAUGACACAGAUGCUACACGACAACAGCGCCUCGCGAUCCAAAGAGAACCUUGCGACGACCCCGAACGAACAGCACCGACUGUCUUAUAUCUCCGGUGCAGGUUCACCUAACCAACCCAUGCAUGCGCGCAGUGGUUCGAACUCUCCGCAGAUCUCGGAUUCACGACAAGUCGCAUGGCAGCCUGCAGCAGCGUCACCACAGCAGCCGGACAGGACAAGGUUGGAUCCUGAAGAUUGGGUGAUGCAUCGUGCGGCGCAUCAGCAGCAGCCUAUAAUGUAUGGACAUGGCAGGAGCAAGUCGCACACCCCACCUCCUUUCGGUCGCACGCAUUCUGGAGAUUGGACUCGUACGCACUCUGGAGAUUGGAGUCAUAUUCAGCGGUCGCCUCAGGGUUCUCCAGGUCCUGCCCGUCCACCCAGCCGCCCUCUAAGCCGUGGUGCUGAGACACUGCUUAAUCAACAACCUACUACUUUAUCUGCUCGCGAGCAGGAACAGGUGGCUCGCAUGACGAACACUCCUCUUCUGGACCUUUCGCAGAACACCAAGAAAGUGCAAAAGGAGCCUCCGACAGGUCUUACAGGUUACAUCGAUUAUCGCGAGAAGGAGAAGGCGGCUCACAAGGCCAAUCGCCAGAGUUUUACACCGACUAUGCAAGCUGAGAUCGACCGACGCACCUUGCAGACCCAACAGCGCCAAAUGAUGGAGGUCCAGCAACGCCAGCAAAUGAUGAUGCAACAGCAGAUGCAGCAACAAUAUGCGAUGGCUCAGAGCAACUAUGCGCCGAGCAUGAUGGGUACUCCUAGUGUUAUGGGUAUGGGCACGCCAACCGGCAUGGGUGCUCCGAGUGUAAUGGGCGCGCCAAGCAUGAUGGGUACUCCUAGUGUUAUGGGCAUGCCUACCGGGCCUGGUACACCAUCAGGCAUCGUCGGAAUGGCGUACUCCACACCGAGCCAGAUGCACCCCAUGUAUCAGCAACAGCAGCAGCAGUACUUCCCCCAGCAGGCGCCAACCCCACAGAUGAACGUCCCUGGAGGUUGGGUCUCCCCAGCGCAAACACCGCAGAGCCAGUAUUUCCCACAGCCGUCACCGCAAGGCUACGGCAACAUGGCGCAGCAACAACAGCAGGCUCCGCCCACGCAGGCUUACGGCGCAAGCUUCGACCAGGCGCAACAGGCAGCAAAGUACGCGCAGCAACAGCAUCAGGGCCAGUACCGCCGUUAG